AUUAUCGUCCAUUUCACUCCUUCCAUUUCGUACCGACGACGUGAAUCGCAGAUCUCGAAACCUCUCUCUUUCUUCCCACCAAACCACCGUCUUCUCUUUAAUCGAACCGGAGCUUCGAACCAAGACCAGGCCAGAACUCGGCCAUGGGUGUGCCAGCGUUUUACAGGUGGCUUGCCGACCGGUAUGCACUAGCAAUUGUCGAUGUAAUUGAAGAUGAACCUAAAGAAGACAUCAAUGGCGUAACUAAACCCGUUGAUGCCUCAAAACCUAACCCUAACGGUUUAGAAUUUGAUAAUUUAUACCUAGAUAUGAACGGUAUCAUUCAUCCUUGUUUUCAUCCGGAGAAAAGGCCGCUUCCUCCGACUUAUGAUGAUGUUUUCAAGUCAAUUUUUGAAUACAUUGAUCAUAUAUUCUCAAUGGUUCGGCCUAGGAAGCUUCUAUUUAUGGCAAUUGAUGGAGUUGCACCUAGAGCUAAAAUGAAUCAGCAACGGUCUCGUCGGUUUCGAGCUGCUAAAGAUGCUGCCGAAGCAGAAGCCGAGGAAGAAGGGCUCAGAAAAAGAUUUGAGGCUGAAGGGAAGCUGUUAUCCCGUACAGAAAAGCCUGAAACAUCCGACUCUAAUGUUAUCACGCCCGGUACUCAAUUCAUGGCUGUGCUCUCAGUCGCACUUCAGUAUUAUAUACAUAUGAGGUUGAACCACAGUCCAGGAUGGAGGUAUACAAAGGUUAUUCUUUCUGAUGCAAAUGUUGCCGGUGAGGGAGAGCACAAAAUUAUGUCGUACAUAAGAUUACAACGUAACUUUCCUGGUUUUAAUCCGAACACACGCCAUUGUCUAUAUGGUCUGGAUGCUGAUUUGAUUAUGCUGGCUUUAGCAACACAUGAAAUUCACUUUUCAAUAUUGAGAGAGAUGGUCACAUUUCCUGGGCAACAAGAGAAGUGUUUUUCCUGCGGUCAAUCUGGCCAUCUCGCUGCUGAUUGCCCUGGUAAGUCAGGGGAUAACCCUCUGGAUUGGAAUGCACCAGAUGAUGCCCCAAUUCACAAGAAGAAAUAUCAGUUCCUCCACAUUUGGGUGUUGCGAGAAUAUUUGCAAUAUGAAUUGGAUAUUCCAAACCCUCCAUUGGAGAUCAACUUUGAGAGAAUACUGGAUGAUUUUGUGUUCAUGUGUUUCUUUGUUGGCAACGAUUUCCUUCCGCAUAUGCCAACAUUGGAAAUUAGGGAGGGUGCUAUUAAUUUGUUGAUGCACGUAUACAGAAGGGAGUUUUCUGCAAUGGGUGGUUAUCUUACUGAUGCGGGUGAGGUUAAUCUAGAUAGAGUUGAACAUUUUAUCCAGUCUGUUGCAAUUUAUGAAGAACAAAUCUUUCAAAAAAGGACUCGUAUACAGCAGUAUUUCGAGAAUAAUGAGGAGGCGAAACUCAAAGCAAGAAGAGAGGUCUCUGAAGAGAUGCAAACACCUGCUGCAGACAAGGUUAAGUUAGGGGAGCCUGGUUACAAAGAAAGAUACUAUGCUGAGAAAUUUGGUCUAACAACUCCUGAUGAAAUCGACAAAGUUAGAAAAGACGUGGUUUUGAAGUAUGUAGAAGGUUUGUGUUGGGUUUGCCGCUAUUACUACCAAGGUGUUUGCUCUUGGCAAUGGUUUUAUCCAUACCAUUAUGCUCCAUUUGCCUCUGAUCUGAAGGGUCUUGCUGAAUUGGAAAUAACCUUCUUUUUAGGAGAGCCAUUUAAACCCUUUGAUCAGCUAAUGGGAACCCUACCAGCUGCAAGUUCUAAUGCUCUGCCAGAAGCUUAUCAGAAAUUGAUGACCGAACCUUCAUCGCCAAUUUCUAAUUUUUUUCCCUCAGAGUUUGAGAUUGACAUGAAUGGAAAACGCUUCGCCUGGCAGGGAAUUGCUAAAUUGCCAUUCAUAGAUGAGAGGAAAUUGCUUGGCCAAACAAAGAAACUUGAAGGCACUUUAACGGAGGAGGAACGGCGCCGAAAUAGUGUUAUGUUUGAUUUACUUUAUGUCCAUCCUGCUCAUCCUAUGGCUGCACAAGUCAUCUCAUAUUAUAAAGGUUAUUUUGGCUUACCAUCAUCUCAAAGAUUAGCUUGGACAAUAGACCCAAACGCCAGUGGUGGGAUGAAUGGAUAUAUUUGGUUAUAUGAGAGGAAUGGAUUGAGGAGUACAAUCACUUCCCCUGUCAAUGGAUUGCCCAGUAUAGAACGUAACCAAGUGUUAAAUGUCGCAUAUCUUAACCCUGCAAAUCAUAGACACAUUCCUGAACCUCCCAGUGGCGUGAUCAUGCCUGAAAAGAUUGUAAAAACUACAAAUGUUAAACCAUUCCCCACGUUAUGGCAUGAGGAUAAUAGUGGUCGGCGCCAGCAAGGCAGAGAAAGGUCUCAAGUACCACGAGCAAUAGCUGGCCCUUUAUUGGGUGAGGCAGCUCAUCGUCUUCUCAAGAACACACUUAAUAUCAGACCUAAUGGUUCACCUUCCAAAACUUUUGAGCAUCAGCCAUAUAGUAAUCUCCCAGGCCAUCCUACAUAUAACAGACCUAGACCAGCUGGACCUUCUGGUUAUGGAAGGGGUUACAGUGGUGAGCCGAACAGUUAUUAUGGUAACCAAAAUAACCAGCACGGUCUGAUGAAUAAUCCUAGACCUAUUCUGUUGGCAAAUGGUGUGUCCAACAACCGAACCAACUUUAGGGCGGCUCAUGAUAGGGGACAAUACUAUGACCAGUACCAUGAUGGGAUGUCUACUUUGAAUCUGGAAGAGAAUGUCAGAAGCAGGUCUCCGGCAGUAAUGUCACAGCGCAUACAAAAUACAGGAUACAGUCCGAACGCACAUCAGCAGUUUGGGCAGAACAUGGGCCCUCUUCCAUCACCGCCCACCAAAUGGAUCGGUAAAGCUGAAGGAAAUGCUGAGCUGUACUUCAGACAAGAAAUAGCCCAAAGGGUUGCACAUGAGAAGCAGACUUAUCAGGUCAGGACACCAUCAAUUCAGGAAAGGCCAAAUCAUCAACAAAUCUCAGCGCUAAAUCAUCAACAAAUCUCAGCGCUAAAUCAUCAAGAAAUCUCAGAGCUAAAUCAUCAAUAAUAUAUUCGAUUUGGCUAAAAAUGUUUUGUGCUAGAGGUGUUCCUGUUCAGCAGCAAAAGUGCGAGUUCUCCACUUAAGAGCAAGAUUUUGAAGAACUUGCCCGUCGGGGUGAACAAAUAGCUGUUCCUGCAAUGUACCCGGUACCUAUUUGCCGUUUUAUUUUGGAGUGAUAAGGUGCAAUGACGAGGACAUUAUAGCAAUGACGUGGGCAUCGUAGCAGAUAUUUCAUGUUUCUGAAUUUCUCAUUUGCCGGAAUGUGAGAAGUGUUUGAUAUUGUUCCGAUGGUGGUUCGGUUUGAGUCAGUAGAAUACUUGCUCCCUCCCAGUAAGUAUUUCGUUGGAGGAAGUGUUUAAAUGUAUCUAAUGUCAUAGAUGAUGUAAUUAGUUACCAACACAAUCUGCCUCUAGUAUUUUUUUUAUUCUCUCGUGCACUCUUAUUUCAAUCUUCAUAAAGGAAAUAAACUUUCAUUUGUCAGCUGUAUGUAAAACAGAUUUAACAGUAUUGGAACAUUCUUACUGAGGCAGAUCUGUCAGCUUCAAGCUCUA